AUGUCUGAGCUUCACAUCCAUGGCCGAGUAGCGAGUUCGCUCGCAAAGACGACAUUGCGACGGGAAGACUUUUUCCUGUCUCCUGACGCAGCAGCAUCUACACAAGAUGAAGGUGGUGUGUCCGGAGCGUUCGAUGAAGGAGUUGCAGGACUGGCAUAUAUGAAGACAGAUCGAGAUUUUGCAGGGAAUCUUCAGUCAUUCAUGAUCUGGCUCCCUCGCUUCAUUACCCCGACGGCCGACAUCGACGACGUGUCAAUUCCAGGAAAGCACACGCUUCCGGGCACAGGCUCACACGUCCUGCGCCGUUGCACUACAAUGGACCCGACAACGCGGUUGCUGUGCGACGACUUUGUUUCAGAUCUACUGUGCUUCGAGAAUGAUUCGAAGAAACCAGGCUACGCACUCAUCGAUCAAUGCUUCUCGGGCAUUUGUGACACAGCGCUUGAUAACGAUGAGAAGUAUCGAACCCUUCUCCGAUCACAAGAUGAAGGCCCAAUUCAAUUCCUCCUGGCAAUCGUGCCUUUGAUUGCGGGCAUGGUAAGCGCUACUCCUGUUGCGGAACCCUCACCUAUGGAGCCUCAAGCGCUGAGUGGCCUCGUCGAGCGUCAAGGUCUCCUCGGCUCCCUCCUUGGCUCCUUGGGAGCUGAAACCGGGAUUCUCCUCACCGGCCUGGGCGUCUACGAGGUUUCCGUUGAAGGUGCCAUCGUCAACAUUACUCAGACUCUGGGGAUUUUCCUCUGA